AUGCAUAAUUAAUGGGUCGAGGAUUCCGCCGUUGUUUAGGACGCGUCCCCCCGGUUUCCCAUCAGGCCUAAAGUGACUGAGUCACAAAGUUUUUCACCCGACCCACGUUGUUCUUUGUUUUUCCGUUCUUCCAGCGUUUAUAACUCCCGAGCUCCAUCACUGUUCGGAACUGCUUCACUGUAACAAAAGGUCGCAACAAAUCUAUCUCUCUGCAACGUUCCCUCAGAUAACUACUAAAAGCAAGUAGAAAGGGAGAGAGAGUGUAGAAUGAGGGGGAAGGGGAAGGGGUCUUGGGGCCUCAGUUCGAAGCUCGAAUUUCCGACUGUCUUCCUCCUCUGCUCAGUCUUUUUCCUCGCUGGAAUAUUUGGAACUAUGAUCCUCUCUCGCGACAUUCGUGAUCAAUCUCGUACGCGUAGACUUCAAGAAGCAUUUGAUGAAUUUUCUGAGGACUUCACAACGAUGCCUCAUGGCGAGACGGGAGAUUCAUCUAUUGAUACCAUCCCUUUUCAGGUUUUAAGCUGGAAGCCUCGUGCAUUAUAUUUUCCUAAAUUUGCUACCAAGGAACAGUGCCAGCACGUAAUAAAAAUUGCACAGUCAAGCCUUGUGCCCUCCUCAUUGGCUUUCAGAGAGGGAGAAACCAAAGAAAAUACAAAGGGCAUAAGAACAAGUUCAGGCACAUUUGUGAGUGCGUCCGAAGAUAAAUCAGGAAUACUUGACCUUAUUGAGGAAAAGAUUGCGAAGGUUACAAUGCUCCCAAGGACACAUGGAGAGGCAUUCAAUAUCCUGCGCUAUGAAAUUGGACAGAGGUAUCAUUCACAUUUUGAUGCGUUCAAUCCAGCUGAAUAUGGUCCACAAAAGAGCCAAAGGGUAGCUUCAUUUUUAUUGUAUCUAUCUGAUGUUGAAGGAGGAGGAGAGACUAUGUUCCCCUUCGAGAAUGGUCUAAACGUUCAUUCUGAAUAUGAUUAUAAGAAGUGUGUCGGAUUGAAAGUGAAGCCCCAGCUAGGGGAUGGUCUUCUUUUCUAUUCAGUCUAUCCCAAUGGUACUAUUGAUCAGUAUUCUCUUCAUGGGAGCUGCCCUGUAAUUAAGGGUGAAAAAUGGGUCGCCACAAAGUGGAUCAGAGAUCAGGAAGACUAUUCAUGACCCUUGUCUCCAUCUGUGUUUAAUUUAAUUAUGUUGUAUUGUAAUUUCUAGCAUCGGUCAUUGUAAUAUCUUGCAGCUGUGUGAUGCCUCCAUUCUUUCAUGUCUUUUCUAGUGAAUCAUGAAAGUUGUCGCUCAGACUCAAAGACGACAUUUUAUGUAUAUGUUCAGUGAUGAGAAGCACUUUUCCUCCUUUUUAUUCCUCUCCUCUGCUGAUCCCUAACAAUGCAUCCCAGUUGAUGUAUGUAUCUGUUUAAAGAAAAUGAUUUCCAUGCA